AUGGCUGGGGAAAGGACCUGGGGCUCACCUCCCGUAGCUGGUGACCAACACCAGACAUGGCAGUCCGCCUUCCCACAGUUGCAGAACAACCAGGAUACAGUCCGGUCUACGGGCAAUAACGAGCAAAGAGACGACAAUAUACCCAUCGAAUUGGCCAACGAUGACCAAAAAACCGUACCAAAGCCAGUUGGAAUGGCAUCUAGCCAACUAUCCCCAGACUUUGUCCCAGCCACAGCCAGUAGCAAUUCUGACAGUCAAGCGGCUUUCCCCCAUUUUACGCAUAAGAUGCACAAAUUUAGCCUCUACGAGACGGCAAGCCGCUACUACGUUGUUGGUGUUGACGUUAGCGAGAAGCGAUAUCGCAUUCUCAAAAUUGACCGUUCAACUGAGGGUGCAGAACUCAACAUGACGGAUGACAAGAUUGUCUACAGUCUGAAAGAAAUAAACCAACUAUUGGGCAUGAUUGACGACGGAAACAAGGGUUCAGGCGGCAUUAAGCUGCGGUGUACGACUUGGGGAAUUAUUGGAUUCAUCAAAUUCACAGGGCCGUAUUACAUGCUUCUCAUCACCAAGAAGAGUACCGUGGCAAUGGUAGGAGGCCACUAUAUAUAUCAGGUUGAGGGCACGGAAUUGAUUCCUCUGACUCCAGGGAAAUCAAAAGCAGAUUCCCGUAACACGGAGGAACAGAGGUUUCUCGGCAUUCUGAAUAACCUGGAUUUGACCAAGUCAUUCUACUAUAGCUAUUCUUACGACAUCACGAGGACACUUCAACACAACAUCAUGAGGGAGAGGUCCGCCCUCAAUGAGGGACUGCUGCCGUCUUCCGAUGAUGAUCCCAAUACCAUGUUCGUCUGGAAUUCUUAUCUGCUCAGUCCCGCAGCAAAGGUUCUUCAAGCUGCCUAUGAUUGGUGCCGACCAAUCAUUCAUGGAUAUGUUGAUCAGGCGGCCCUCUCCAUUUAUGGUCGAACUGCCCACAUUACUGUCAUUGCUAGGAGGUCGAGAUAUUUUGCAGGGGCCCGGUUUCUUAAACGUGGUGCAAAUGAUCUAGGCUAUGUCGCCAACGAUGUAGAAACUGAACAGAUAGUUUCCGAGUCUCUCACGACAUCAUUUCAUUCUCCUGGACCGCGGCUGUACUGCAGUCCGCAGUAUACUUCAUAUGUUCAACAUCGUGGUAGUAUUCCUCUCUACUGGUCCCAGGAUAGCACAGGUGUGACACCAAAGCCACCCAUUGAACUCAAUCUGGUUGAUCCCUUUUACGGAGCUGCCGCGUUACAUUUUGAUGACUUAUUCCGUCGAUACGGCGCCCCUGUAUAUGUCAUCAACCUUAUUAAAUCCAAGGAACGCCAGCCGAGAGAAUCCAAGCUCCUAGAGGAAUAUACUCACUCCAUUAACUACCUUAAUCAAUUUCUUCCUCCAGAUAAACAGAUAAUUCAUAAGGCUUGGGACAUGAGCCGAGCGUCAAAAGUUCGAGGUGGGGAUGUGAUCGGUAACUUGGAGCUUAUUGCAAACUCGGUAGUCUCCGCGACGGGGUUCUUCCAAAAUGGCGACGGCCAUAUUAGCCCAAUGACAGCUCAAAAUGGAGUCGCAAGAACAAACUGUAUUGACUGCCUUGACAGAACCAAUGCAGCUCAGUUCGUCAUAGGAAAGCGUGCGUUGGGGUACCAGCUUCACGCUUUGGGAAUCCUUGGCGACACAACUGUUAAUUAUGACACGGACGCGGUCAAUCUUUUCACACAUAUGUGGCAUGACCAUGGCGAUACGAUUGCGGUCCAGUAUGGCGGGUCUCAGCUCGUGAACACCAUGGAAACUUAUCGCAAGAUCAACCAAUGGACCAGUCACUCGCGGGAUAUGAUCGAAAGCUUUAAGCGUUAUUAUAACAACUCGUUCCUGGAUAGCCAACGUCAGGAAGCGUACAACCUUUUCCUAGGCAAUUAUGUCUUCUCUAAUAGCCAGCCUUUACUAUGGGAACUGACCACAGACUAUUAUCUGCACCACACAAAACCAAGAGAUUGGUCUAUCACGAAACCUUGCAAUUAUAGAAACUGGUACAAUCCGUCUCACUUGCGUGAGAGAAUCAUUCCAAGGUGGGGGAAACUUCCAGCAACUAUCGCAAGUUUUCCAGUUGAAGCAAUCGAUGACUACUGGCUGGAGUAUUACAGGCCAGCAACACUCUCUUCCUUUCCAAAAAUGUUCGCCUACAAGAUGAACUCUACCAUAAAAUAUAUUCCUCUGAAGUCCGCUCAGGACGGUCGCUAUGACCUCAGCCCUUUUCGAGUACGGGCUGAGGCUGAUACGGAUUCCGAAAAGCGCAAAUCGAAAAGGGAAGAUCUUGACGGCCCAUUGGCGUCUCCCCGGGUCCAACAGUUUAAAGAAGGGACUUUGUCGGUCUCGUCCGGAAGGACGGCAGCAAGGGCCAUGUCUUUGCAGCGCUGGCUUCAACCUGUUCAGGAGAAGGUUGCUGAGCGAGGUUCCAUGAAUGAAAUAUAUUCUGGAAAUAAAGACAACGAGCAGUCAAUGCAUAGCCAGAUAAAACCGAGCGCCCUGGAGAAGUCCAAAGCUGCCCAGUGGACGUUCACUAAAGCUGUGGAUGACUCGCUGAACCCAUUCGUAGGUGAACAAGAAGCAGAAGACUACGGUCGAUAUAUACGCCACCCACAGAACCUUCCGCUUGUUGUGUCGAACGACACGCCUGCUGAUGUUGAUUCGUCCGAAUACAAAGAAUAUAUCAACGGAAGUUGGCGUGAACAAGGUCUCAUGGUCAUCUAA